CUUAACAUGUGGGAGAGCUCAGAGCAUCAGCGCAUGUCAACUACAGCACCAGCGAAAUAAAUUUAUUAAUAUAAUUUACUUAUUAUUCAGUGAAGUGGUUAAUUAUCCAGUGAAGUACUUCGUCGGCCUGUAAACAUCUGAAUAGGGCUUAAUUCAGAGGCUAUUUAAAGAUCCAGAUACACAAGCAUGAGUUUACUGCCUCGCACCGCUGAGGAGUUCAGCUCGGCGGAAUACUGGGAGCGAUUUUUCCGUAAAAGAGGAGAGAAGGCUUUCGAGUGGUACGGAGACUACAACUCACUAUGCGGUGUACUACAUAAAUACAUCAAACCGCGUGAGAAGGUGUUGGUGGUGGGCUGUGGGAACUCUGAGCUGAGUGAACAGCUUUAUGAUGUUGGCUACCAUCAGUUAACCAACAUUGACAUCAGCGAGACAGUGGUGUCUCACAUGAACCAGCGGAACACAGAGCGUCGUCCUGACCUGACCUUCCAGCAGGUGGAUGCCACCAAGACAGGCUUUGAGAGUGGGAGCUUCCAGGCAGCCCUGGAUAAGGGUACACUGGAUGCCAUGGCUUCCGAGGAGGAGGGUGCUCUGGCACGCAGGAUGCUGGAAGAAGUUGGCAGAGUUUUGGCCGUGGGGGGCCGGUAUGUUUGUGUAACGUUAGCCCAGGAACACGUCAUAAAAUUGGCCGUGGAACAUUUUGCCCAGGGCUGGGCUGUACGAAUCCACUGCUUAACUGGACAACAGAAUGAGGACUCCGAUUACUCUUUCGCCCUCCCUGUUUUCGUUCUUGUAUGUACCAAAUUCCGGCAAGCACCUCCGUUCACAGUGCUUGAGAUGUGCCAGGGGGAGGAUGGAGCGCCUUCUAGGCUUGCAUCAGUAUCUGAACUCUUGUCUGCUGUGAAGGAGAGGCAGGCCUACAAUCUUCUGCUUCAUAGACUCAGAGGGAGAACAGAUGCAAGCAGCACACCUUCCCUCACUCUGUGCAAUGCAGCCACCGGCCAUUCACGAUACACUCUGACAGUGCAGGAUAGCCCGCCUUCUGCCAAGCUGCCACGCACUAAUUACUUUGCCAUAUUUAUUGUUCCACAGGGCCGUGAAUCUGAUUGGUUGUACGGCUCAGCUGAAGGUCGGGCUCAGCUAGCAUCCAGUGCAAAAUUCAGACGCCUAGUCAUUGUGGCAUUGCAUCGAGAUCAGGAGUAUGAGGACAUGCAGGCCGUCCAAUCAGAGCUGUCUCCAAUGGUGAUGGAACUCGCUCCUCCUGGAAUGCCAGCCAACCAGCAGGUGCCGUUCCUGUCUGUAGGAGGAGAUCUGGGGUGGAGGGAAAUCGUUGGACGAGGGGUCAGUGCUUUGACUGGAGAAUAUUCUGUGGAGGACGUCAGAGGAGAGGAUGGUCACCUCUACCGCAGGCUGAUCUUCAUGAAUAAUUCCCAGCUAGUGCAGUCAGAAAGUAAACUCCGGUCCACAGCCACUUCUGCUCAUAAAAAGAAGAAUAGGAAAAAGUCCAAGGCGUCUGUUUCCGAAGUCCCUGCUUUAACGGGUGCUAAAGCACGUAGUGUGGACAGGGGUUUUCUCUGCUGUACACACCAUGAAGUCAUGGUGGCUGGUUUAGCCAUGCUAGGAUCAGAUGCAAUCAGUAAUAAAGGUCUUCCAACAGAUCAUACACUGUCCGUAUUACUGGUGGGGCUGGGUGGCGGGGGCCUGCCUCAGUUUGUGCAUGACUUUGUGCCAUGUGCACGGGUUGAGGUGGUGGAACUGGAUCCAGCUGUGUUGGAGGUAGCUCAGACCUGGUUUGGGUUUCAGACUGAUGAGAGGCUGAAGGUUACACUUGGAGAUGGAUUGGAGCACAUCAAAACAUUGGAGAAUGAGGGUGGGCACUCUUUUGAAGUCAUCAUGUUUGACGUUGACAGCAAAGACACUACCCUAGGCAUGAGCUGCCCUCCACCAGCCUUUGUGGAAACAUCACUUCUGCAGAAAGUGUACAACUUGUUAACCCUUAGAGGAAUUUUUAUGCUGAACCUAGUUUGUCGUGACUCAGCUCUCAGGACGUCGGUGCUUGAACGUAUUCAAGCCGUGUUCCCAUGUGUGUUCUCUCGUGGAAUUGAGGGUGAAGUCAAUGAGGUGCUGCUGUGUUGCAGAAGUGCAGGAGAGGGACACAAACCUAAUACCAUUCCACCAUCAUUAAAGCUGACAGCAAAAGACCUACAGAAAUCCCUUCAUGCUAGCACCCAGACUGCACCGUGUGUGCCUCAAAUAGACAUUACUGCAAUGUUGAAUGACCUGAAGGUCAUCUAAACAAUUUGGAGAGGUUUGUGUAAGUGAUUUGGCAAUCCAAAUAUAUUUUUAUUAUGAAAAGUUAUAUAAAUUAUUAUGAUUUAAGAAAUCUGAAGUUUGGGACAUUUGCCAUACAGUAGCUUUGUGUUACGAACGGGACAACAAAUCAGUUCAUUCAUGCAAUUUGUUAUGCAGCUCUCAAUUCAAAUAUGGCACAGGUUGGACAUCAGUAACAUCAAACAUAAUUGGUUCUUGUGUGUCUUGUGACUAAACAUCAUGACGUCAAACCUGCGCCAUGUUCGAUUUGAGACUUGUUUUUAAAUUUGUUUGUUUGUUGCUUUAAGAAAUGAUCCCAAGUUGGUUAUUAUGAUGAUUAACAUAUCAAACAUGACAACAUGUCAGUAAAGUGUAACAUUUUCUAACAUUUCCAACUUCUCUUCCAGCUCUUUGGAAGAAAACACACCAUGUCAAAUUAUCAAAAGUGUAAUAUGAAUGUAUAAAUACUAUGAAAGAACCAUUUUGA